GGCUAAGCAUAAGACACUUUUUUGCCCAAUGUGCCCCACCCUAUUUCUCGGCUUCAGUGGAGGCAGGUUGUGCAGCCUCAGCGAUGGAAUGACACACACACACACACACACAGCUCGACUCAACCUGCCUACAUUAAUGUCAAGCUUUUUGAUCCUGCCGCAGCUUGAUGAACCAACUCCAAAACUGUACCCUGUGCAAUGUGGACGGGUGACAUGUGGAAUGAUGGUGUUGCUUUAGCACGCUAGAGCAAUAAGGACAGCAGUGGAAGCCGUGACCGUGUGAUCAGUAUGAAAUCUGGCUGUAGUGACGACAGCAUGGAGCACUUAUCCCCUGAGGAGAGGGCGUGCCUCAUGUUUCUGGAGCAGACACUCGAAGCAUUCGAGUUGCAAGAGGAUAGUGGACUCUCAAAUGAUGAACCAGACUCUGGACAACCCCCAGACAAAAUGGCUCUGAAUGAAAUCAAUGCUAUUUCCAGACUAAAUGGAGGGUCUGGAAUGGAUCGUCAGUCUGAGACCUUGCCCACUCCGGGGGGUGGCUUUCCAGUAGUGAAGAAGUCUGUGGUAAUCAAGUUAACUGAAGAAUACAAACCUGCCCAGAAUUCUGUGAAUCAAACCUAUCAACCAAACUUCACCACUGCUUCUGAAGAGCGUCAAGCUUCUAUGAAUGUCACUGACUCAAUCAGCGGUUGCAACAUCCGUGAUUUGCAUACCGAUGAACUGUGUUUAAGAACCGUUGGAGACGCUCCAAACACAAUCACUUGCAUUACUCCUGAGUUAGAUCUAGGACUCAUCCCACCGCCAUCUGACUUCAUGGAUGACCCUAAAUCUAAUCGAAAGCUCGUACUCAACCCCUAUCUAAAACCCGAUCCAGGGACCCAUCCAGUGCCCAAUCCAGUGCCCAAUCCAGGGACCGAUCCAAGGUCCGAUCCAGGGCCCGAUCCAGAGCCUGAUCCGAAGCAUCAUCCAGAGGCUGACAUCAUCAAAGCCUCCCCUCACUCCAAGAGCAACAGGCCAGUCCCUAUUGACUUGAAACAUCUAUACCAGAGAGCCUUGGAAAAGAGACCUCCAGCUAGCCCCCCUGUUAACAAGAAACCUAAAGACAAGCUUUUGAUCGACGCUCGUCAGACUCCCACUGCUUUGGAGUCUCUUCAACCAGGACUCUUUCAUCAUGAAGUCAAAGAGCCAGAGAGCCCACCAUUUGUGGCUCAUAAGCCAAAAAGGAUUUCACUCAACUCACCAAAGGAGAGAAAAAUAGAAGAAUCCAAUUCACCCAUUGAUAACGGCGACCGAGAGCUGUUGGACCAUGAGCGAAUCCACCUCCAGGCCCUCCAGAAGCUCGGGCUGCUCAAAGGUUCUCUGACUGACUUACGCCCCGACCUGAAUCAUAAGCUUUCCCCACAAACUCGAAGGUCGUGGGGAGAUUUUCCAACUCCAAGCACUCCGUCACUCCCAAGUCUAUCCAAUCAAAGCAGCGAGUCCCCCGGCGCCAUCUCUACUGCCUCAGAUAUUCUGCCCAUCUCAUCUGGGUCCAAUGACCGAGCGAGACUUCUCUCAGCUCGCAAACAAUUUCCUUCAGAGAGUUUAAUUUAUACUCAAGGAAAAGCCCCUGCUCGCUCAACUUCAGACCUGGUCAAGCAGUUAACCAAGGUCACGGGUGCCCACUCAGGAGCCGUGGCGAACUCCGGCUUCCGCCCGAGAUACCCUGUAAAUCAUCAUGAAAGAAUUAGUGUUGAACAGUGCCUCAAUCAUGCCGCCAGCCCUGACCUUCGGAGACGUGAGUCCUCCCUCUCUGCCUUCAAGCAUUCGAGAGCCUCUCACAAGGUUCCACGGUCGCAAGGCAUCAGCGUGCUGAUCUGCCCCCAGGAUACAAAUGGAGUGGACCACCAUGCAGCUCUGAAGAAACUCGGAUUAGGGACAAACCAAACCAGCCCCCCCGACCCCAAGGCCUUACACAAAAUGAAUGACCUUUAAAUUACAUCAUAUUCAGAGCUAGAGGAAGCAUGUGUAUUUCUCAGUGUGUUGAUCACUGCCUCAACACCAGAAUAAUAUACUCACAAUUUGGCACCUGUGGAUUAACCUAGGUUUGUUCAAAAACAAUGUAUAUUUUUAUUUAUUUGUUUCUGGGA